AUGUGCAUCCGCGAGCACCUGAAGCACCGUGUCCCGCCGGCGAUCUGUGGGCCCCCGGGCCUGGGGCCGGGCGGCAGCUUCGCGGGGGCGCCCGCCCUGCCCCGGGCGCCGGGCAUGGCCGUGGCCAAGGCGCACCCGCCGCAGCAGCACGGCGUCUUCUUCGAGCGCUUCGGGGGGGCGCGGAAAAUGUCGGCCAGUCUGGAGCCGGGGGGCAACGCCAGGCACCCGCUGAUGCAGCAGCAGCAGCAGCCGCCACCACCACCGCAAGCACCGCAGCAGCCGCCGGGCUUGCUGGCCAGACAGAACUCCUGCCCGCCAGCCAUCCCUAGGCAACAGCAAACAGAAGCCAACGCUCCCAACUCCAACCUGCAGGACAAUGGGCCCAUAAUGCAGAACCAGCAUGCACAGUUUGAAUACCCUAUUCACAGACUGGAGAACAGGAAUAUGCAUCCCUACACCGACCCCGUGUUUAAUAUGCAGCACCCUCCUCCGCAACAGCCACCAAAUCAAAGACUGCAGCACUUCGAUGCCCCCUACGUGAGCGUCGCCAAGAGGCCGCGGUUUGACUUCCCCAACACUCCUGGCGUCGAGCGCUGCGCCUCCUGGGGCGGCGGCAUGCACGGCCCGGCCAUGGAGAGUCACCUUUCCCCGACGGCCUACCCUGGCCUGCCGGGCGAGUUCACUCCGCCGGCACCUGAGGCCUUCGGGGGCCCAUUGCCACACGGCGGCCCUGAGCACCCGGCACUGGCGCAGCGCCAGAACGCGGCCCUGGUGAUGAAGCAGAUGGCGUCGCGCAGCCAGCAGCGCCUGCGGCCGCCCAGCCUGCAGCAGCUGGGGCAUCACGGUGAGGUGGGCGCACCCGGCGGCCUGCCCCCGCCAGCCUUCGAGCGGGAGGCUGGGGGGCCCGAGUUUCCCCCACCACCCCCUCCACGGCCCGCCGCCAGCAAGCUGGGUGCCCUCUCGCUGGGCUCCUUCAGCAAGGCGGCCAGCAAGGACAAUGUCUUCGGGCAGAGCUGCCUGGCUGCCCUCUCCACUGCCUGCCAAAACAUGAUCGCCAGCCUGGGCGCUCCCAACCUCAACGUCACCUUCAACAAGAAGAGCCCGGCCGAGGCCAAGCGCAAGCUCAGCCAGGCCGAGCCUGACCCGCCACCUGCCGGGGGGGGGGGGGGGGGGGGGGGGGGGGGGGGGGGGGGGGGGGGGGGGGGGGGGGGGGGGGGGGGGGGGGGGGGGGGGGGGGGGGGGGGGGGGGGGGGGGGUGGCACGGGCAAAGCGGCGGGCGCUGCCCCGCUGCUGCCCGCGGAGAGCAGCCUCUCCCCCGGCUACGCGCUGGAGCCGGUGGCCGGUGGCGAGGGGAAGGCGGGUGGCGGGCGGGGUCGGGGUCGCCGGAAACGGGACAGUGGGCACGUCAGCCCCGGCACGUUUUUUGACAAGUUCUCGGCUGCCGAGGGUGGGGGAGCCGGUGUCAGCCCAGGGCAGCCGGCAGUGCCGGUGGCGGCGGGGGCCCCGCCGGGGGCUGCGGGCGCUGAGCGCGGUGGAGGCACCCCUCACGACAAGCCCCUGACCUCGCCAUCCUGGGGCAAGGGCAGUGAACUGUUGCUGGCGGAGCAGCCCGACCUGAUGUCCUCCCUGGACAGCGGCAUCCAGAGCGUGACCAAGUCAGACGGCAGCUCCCCACACGUGGACUUUCCCGACGAGGUCAGCACCAGCUAUGGCAACGAGGACGAGGUGUCCUCCAGCUCCGACAAUGCCACCUCCAAGCCCACCCGUAGCCCGCUGCUGGGUGGUUCGCCCAAGCUGCCCCGUGGGGAGCACGCACUUCUCAACGGACAGAAGCCCCUGGCCCUUGGCCUUCUCAGUACAUCUACCUCGACCCCCGACAGCUAUGGGCUCAGCACCACGGCGGGCGCUCACCCUGGCACGCCAAGCAUGGAGCAGGUGCGGACCCCCACGAGCACCUCGGCCCAGGAUGAGAUCCACCCCCUGGAGAUCCUGCAGGCACAGAUCCAGCUCCAGCGGCAGCAGUUCAGCAUCUCGGAAGACCAGCCCUUGGGGUUGAAGAGCAAGAAGGGGGAGUGUGCGGGGCAGAAUGGGGACAGUGACCUGGGCAGCUGCUGCUCGGAGGGUGUCAAGGGCACCAUGAGCACCAUCGACCUGGACUCCCUGAUGGCAGAGCACAACUCCACCUGGUACCUGCCUGGAGAGAAGGCCCUGAUGGAGGGGCAGGAGGAGGACAAGCCCAUGGCGCCCUGGGAGAAGCCCAAGCCCCCGAACCCCAGCAAAGAAGCCCACGACCUUCCCCCGAGCAAGACCUCGGCGGCGGCGGCGCAGACGGGCACCCACCUGCAGUGCCUCUCGGUCCACUGCACGGACGACGUGGGCGAGGCGAAGGGCCGGACUGCCGUGCCGACGUGGAGGUCCCUGCACUCGGACAUCUCCAACAGAUUCGGGACUUUUGUGGCUGCCCUGACUUGAACAAAAGAAAUUAUUUUUUUGUUGUUUUGUUUUUCUUUUUUUUAAUUUCAAAGGGCCGCUACUGCUAGGUGGACUAUUUUUCUAGGUUGGUACCUGCUUAGUGGCAUAUGGACUGGAAAGGGUUAAUUUAAAGUAAACCUCAACUUUUUUUUAAUCUUCUGCCACAGUAUGUUACCAGUGUUAACCCUUCUGCAGUUAGCACACUUUUGCUUAAGAUUUUCCUGCUAGACCACUUUUUCCCAUUAUUCUGUAACCUUGGCAUACAUUUAUAGAUGAGGCCUUUUCCUUUUUCAUCUCAGUGUGUGUCCAAGUCACGUAUGUCAUAAUAAGACAAAGAUUCUCCUCUUCUUCUUCCUCCUCCUCCUCCUCCUUUUCUUCCUCAUUUGCUUUGUUUUUCUUUUGUUUUGUUUUGUUUUGCUUUGUUCAGUGCUUAUUAGGAUGGUGAUCCUGAGGAGCAGCAGUUCAGGAAUAAACACCAGUGAAAGCAAAAUGGUCAGCAUUAAAUCAUAUGUUAUAGUGACACCCAGCCUUUGCCAGUCUCAUACAAACCAAGCAGUUGAUGCUCUGUUGAAUGUUUAGGCAUGGACCUGCCCUUUCCUGAGAGAAUGAGGCUCUGCUGUUGAAAAGGUUCAGCCUCAUUUUGCUCUGUGCCUCCUGGUGAGGCCAGGAUGCUCCUUCCUCUGUGUACCUGGGAUGGAGCUCUGUCAUGGACGGGCUGGUUCAGGCACAGCAGGGAAGGUAUGGAGAGGUUUUUCUAAAUAAGCCUGAUAGUCAUUAUCUCCUCCUCCAAAGGCCCAGGCUCCAUAUUGCUUGCCUGAGCCUGGUGGUGCUCCUGCAGCUCCCACUUUAUUCAUACUGGAGAAGAAAAUCCCCUGCACCCUGCCCAUUUUUUGCCCAUUUUUAACUGCAGAAAGAUGCUGUUGAUUAGCAGCAGGUCCAGUGUCCAGUGUCCUGCAUUUUCCUGGGGGUGCCCCAUCCCCUGCCACAACAGGUCCCAGUGCAGUGGCAGGGGUCAGGGACUGCCCACGUUGGAAGGUGCAGAGAGCUGUGUGCCCAGGGGUGGCAUUUCCUAAUCUGCCAGGGCAGGGACACCUGGUGUCAGAAUCCCCUAAACUCAUUCAGGGCCCCGUUUCUGCCAUGCACUGAAGAACAGCAUUGCUGGAUGCACACAAUAAAAGGAAAGCCAUACUUUCCUGUUCAGGAUAGAUAAUGCUCAUUCGAGACGAAAGUUGGAAGCAAACCAGAUAAACCCACGGCUGACACGAUGGGCUGAUUCUCCAGUGGUUUUACGUCACACUGUCCAAUAUUUGUGUGUCCCUGUGCCCAGGAGUGGCCCUGUCCUGCCCUGUGCCUGCAGCUCACCUCCCACAGCUCCUGCAGCUCAGGAACAGCACUGGAGGGUUUGGUUUUGGUUGUGAAAUAAAGGUUGGCCUCUCUAGGGUUAUUUAUUAAUGAUUUCACAAAUGUGUCUCUGCUGAAGGGACAGAGUUGAAGACUGCUUUAUAUUUUAUCUUUGAUGAUUGUGCUGGGUCUUUAAUUAUUUUGACGUAAUAUUCUUGGUAGACACCAACAGAGAGGAAAUUCUGCCUAAAAAGUCAAGGGUGGUCUGGAAUUCUCACUCUCAGUCAUAUGUGGCUUCAGAGAGACUCACAGUGUUUGGAAAUGUGAUUUGAAUGUGCUCUUAUUAACCAUGCAUGGAUUGAUUUAUGGGUCUGGUCAAUGAAUUGACUUUGGAUAAAUUUGGAUAGUUCUUAAUCUUGGUUUUCAAUAUUAUUUUACUUUGUAUUAAAGCUGGAGCUUCCACAAGGAUGAGGAUUUUUGCCCAUCCUGGAGCAACUGGCUGUGGAGCUGCCUCACACCCAUUUGGUUUGGAUCAAAAAGCUGGGAUGGUUUGUACCUCUGUCAGGAUGUGCAGCCAGGAGCACAGAGCUCCUCCUGCACCUGCAAUAAAAUAUCACCGUCCCCAGUAAAGUAUCUCCUAGUAAUCACUGUCAGUCCUCUUCCAGAAGGUGCCUCUUUGCCUGUGAUUCCUCAAGUCCUGGCUUACCUAAAUAUGUGUUUGAUUUUCAAUCUGUCAGCAGAGCACGGGUGUUCUGUGCAUGCCAGAGCAUGUGUGCUGCUCUGGAGGGCUCAGUCUGCAGCAGGGGGCCCUGGGAUGACACCAGUACAGUACUGCCUUGCAUCACCUAGAGCUGAAAAUUUCAGCCAAGUUCAUGGGCUGGUGGCAUUCCUGCUCGGAGUGCAGUCCCUUGCCUUGUGCUUUGUUUUUAGUUUUUCCUGCUGCACUGAAGAGAACAGGUUUUUCAGGCUUCCUGAGGUCAGGGAUGCACACCCUGUGCCACGGGAAGGAACCUGUCAGGGAACACAGAGUUCAGAUGCUUUUAAAGAGAAAUCCCCAUUCGAGUGGAGCUGUGGUGCCUUGGUCUCACCCAGAGUUCUGCUGGCUCAUUCUCAGCAGCUUGUGAUUUUCUCAUCCACUUGGAACUUGCUUUCUCACUUAGGGAAAUGCAGAGUGUAAGCAAUUCCUUUAAAUUCAGUGGAAUCCUGUGAGGUGAGGAUCUGGGCUGUCUGAGGCUGGCUGUGUGUGCAGGUGCUGGGCUGUGCAGCGUGGAGCUGUGAGUGUUGUGGCACUUGGUCACCUCUGGCUCUGCUCUGGGCAGUGCAUGCAGCACAGGGUUGGGACUGUCAGUGAGGAGUUCAGGCAGUGUCUGGCUGUGUGCUGGGCUCACUGGCCAUGGUCACACACAGUCCUCUUGCUGACCUCCUGUCCAUUUGAUCUUGAUUGAACAAGCUCUGUUUGAGGCAGCUGUUAGCCAGGACCAACCAAACUUGUGCUUUUAGGGUUUUGUUACUUUUUGCCAAAGAUCAGAAUGGAAACUCUACAUUUUGACCAGGACAAGGCAUCAUGUCCUGCUCAUCACCUGGGGAUGUGGUCCUGAAGCAUAUACAGAAGGCUCAAGCUUUGUCACAGAGCUGGUGGUACCUGCAGUAAUUUCAUUGUACCCAUUCUCUCCAUUAAUUUUACACUGAAUACACUGAUCAGGUUUUUUUAACACGUGAAGUGUCAGCAUGGCCUGACACAAUAAGAAUGGAAAUCAUGUCAUUUUCUGAAUAAUAAUAUUCCAACUGAAACUCGUUUGGGAGCUGUAGGUAAAAGCCAGUUGUGGAAGAGGUAAGUUGCACUCUUGUGGAGAAGGAAACUGAGGCACAGACAGCAGUGGGACACUGAGGGAACAGUGGCAGGGCUGAGCUGCACUGAGGUCUGGAACCCCGUGCCUGAGACUCACUUCCUUCAGGGGCUGACUUGGGUCAACAGGGGGAGAAUUUUAUCAGAUAUGUGUUCCCCAAAUGCCUAGGAGAAACCUGGCUGUGUCCUAUGUGGCUUCCAGAUGGGGACAAGUUGUACAAGAAGCCAGAGAGCCGUGGUAGGAUGCACAGUCUGCUUUGGGUUGUGAACAGCAGCUGAAACGUGGCUUUGCCUUUUGCCGUGGGGGCUCUCGGUGGCCGCUGGCCCCGCAGGCUCCCACGCAGCCCGGGGCUGGGCUGGGCUGGGGGAGCCAGGACAUCCCCAUCUCCUGGCCCUGUGCCCUGGCUCCCUCUGUGCUUCCUAAAACAAACCCUGGGCUUAGUCUGCAACUUACAGUGUCGUGCAAACGGAGGAAAAUUUCCCUUGGAUUUCAGUUGGGAGGAGUGAUCAAAUACCUCUUUGCCAAAAAAGGACAGAAUAGGCCUCAUUUAUUAAAUACUCUCACAGAUUUUCUCCAGAUCAUAUUCUCUUGGGGUUACUUGCUCUCUGCUGUUUGAGCAUCAGUAAGGGGCUUUAGGUUUGUUACUUAUUUAGGAUUUUCACAGUGUCUGAGGAUGGAAGGGGAUGAGCACCAGAAUUCUGUCACCUGGAUCACCUGGGGAGUUGAGGAGGUCCUGUGGUCUGCAUGGUCACUCUGGGGCUGGCUGGCCCUUGGGAACUUGGCAUUGGGACUGGACUUCCAGGCACCACCAAUAAGGCAAAAAGUUCCAGUUUUGGGAGGUGGAAGGGAUGAGGUGAGCACAGCAGUGGGAUGGGCACUGGGAGGGUGGGGGGGCAAGAGAAACCAAACUGGUACAUUUGGCUUAUUUUUGUUAAGCUGCAGUGUAAGGUUUUGUCAGCUACUGGAUUCACAGCUGUUCAAGGGAUGGUGUGUAAGAGCAUAACCCAUUUUUAUAGAAUUGUUUCUUCUUUAAUGCUUAAGGCUAAUGGAGGAAAUAGUCUAAUUUUGUCUUAGAAAUUCUCUAUUAAAAUUGUUGCUUUGAGUCCAUCCUCUCAUAGGUUCUGACUGAUGAAACUGCAGGUUCUGAUUUCCAGCAGUUACAACUUUAUCACUAUUCACUACCCAAGAAUAUUACAGCUUUAAAACAGCCUUAAGCAAAAGGAUGUUAUUUCUUUGUACUAAAUUUGGUUCAUGGAAAAGAAAAAAAAAAGAAACCUCAAAACACUGGUAAUCCGUACUGCAUUAGCAAACUCUUCUGAAAAAUGUUAUUGCACAUGUAAAAUAUGAAAACUUGACUCUGCUGUGUGUUAGGCAAUCCUGUAAUCU